AUGCAUGCCACUCUUCUCCUGCUCCUGGCUGGGGUCUGGGUGACCCGCGGUCAGUCGGACGUAGAGCAGCGGGCAGCCGAGUUCCUGAAGAGCUUCGACGAAAAUGCCACCAAACUGAUGUACCAGCAUUCACUGGCAUCGUGGGCUUACAAUACAAACAUUACCAGUGAGAACGCCGACAAACUGUCGCAGCAGGGGGAGAUUUGGGGGUCCUACUACAGUAAGGUGUCAGAGGAGUCUCUGACCUUCCCGCUCAAUGAAAUCACUGACCCGAGCAUCAAAGUGCAGCUGAUGGCACUUCAGGACAAAGGGUCGGGGGCGCUCUCAAAGGACAAACUGGACCGCCUCAACAAAGUCAUGAAUGAAAUGAGCACCAUUUACAGCACAGGCACAGUGUGUAAACUUGACGAUCCCUUCGACUGUCAGACCCUAGAACCAGGACUGGAGAGCGUCAUGGCUCAGAGCACAGAUUACUACGAGAGGCUGCAUGUGUGGGAGGGCUGGAGGGUCGAGGUGGGAAAGAAGAUGAGGCCACUCUACCAGGACUAUGUGGAGCUGAAGGACGAAGCUGCAAAACUUAACGGUUAUGCUGACUAUGGGGACUACUGGAGAGGUAACUACGAGACCAAUGAUGACGGGAAGUACAGCUAUACCCGCGAUGAACUCAUGUCAGACGUCCGCCGUAUAUACCAGGAGAUCAUGCCACUGUACAAAGAACUUCACGCCUACGUGAGAAGCAAACUACAUUUGACGUACCCUGGACACAUCAGCGAGGCAGGAGGACUGCCUGCCCAUCUGCUAGGUGACAUGUGGGGAAGGUUUUGGACAAACCUUUAUCCUCUCUCUGUCCCUUACCCCGACAAACCAGAUAUCGACGUGACCUCGGCUAUGAUCAGUCAGGGCUGGACAGUGGAUAGAUUGUUCAAAGAAGCGGAAAAGUUCUUCAUGUCUGUAAAUUUGUACCAGAUGCUUCCAAACUUCUGGGAAAACUCAAUGUUUGUGAAGCCCGAUGAUGGCAGGAUGGUGGUGUGCCAUCCGACUGCAUGGGACAUGGGCAACAGAGAGGACUUCAGAAUCAAAAUGUGCGGCAAGGUGAACAUGGAUGACUUUCUGACGGUCCACCAUGAGAUGGGACACAACCAGUAUCAAAUGGCCUAUCGGAACCAGUCGUAUCUCUUCAGAGAAGGAGCCAAUGAGGGCUUCCAUGAGGCCGUGGGAGAGAUCAUGUCUCUUUCUGCAGCCACUCCACAACACCUGCUGGCUCUGGGCCUUCUUCCUGCGGAUUUCAAGGAGGAUUACGAGACAGAGAUUAACUUCCUGAUGAAGCAGGCUUUGACAAUUGUGGCCACCUUGCCUUUCACAUACAUGCUGGAGGAAUGGAGAUGGCAGGUCUUCCAAGGCACCAUCCCAAAAGACCAGUGGAUGCAGAGGUGGUGGGAGAUGAAGAGAGACAUGGUUGGUGUAGUGGAGCCUCUGCCCAGAGACGAGACAUACUGCGACCCAGCCGCCUUAUUCCACGUAGCCAAUGAUUAUUCAUUCAUUAGGUAUUUCACCAGAACCAUUUACCAGUUCCAGUUCCAGGCCUCCCUGUGUGAAACUGCCGGACACACUGGACCUUUAUUCAAGUGUGACAUCACCAAUUCCAAACCAGCUGGUGAUAAACUUAGGGCCAUGCUGGAGUUGGGAAAAUCUAAGUCAUGGACCAGAGCUCUGGAGCAAGUGUCUGGAGUCACCAGGAUGGACUCAAAGCCACUCCUGGAAUACUUCAGUGUGCUACAAACAUGGCUACAGGAGGAAAAUCGUAAGAACAACAGGUUUCCAGGAUGGAAUGUCGCAACAGAUCCAUUUCUUAAUGAGCUUUUCUACUACACAGACUCUAAAGAGGCCUUCAAAGUCAGACUGAGUCUUAAAGCUGCAAUGGGUGAUCAAGCUUACCAGUGGAAUGACAAUGAAUUGUACCUUUUCAAAGCCACCAUGGCCUAUGCUAUGCGACAGUAUUACACCCUGGUGUUGGGACAGACACUGAACUUCAUGUCAGACAACAUCCACACUUAUCAAGUUAAACCAAGGAUCUCGUUCUACUUUGUGGUGACAAAUCCCGCCGACCCAGUGGUGCUCAUCCCAAAGGCAGAAGUGGAGUCUGCUAUUCGGCACUCCAGGGGCAGAAUCAACAGCGCAUUCCUGCUUGAUGAUAAGACGCUGGAGUUUGAAGGCAUCAUUUCCACGCUGCCCCCACCCGUGGAGCCGGCCCUGACAGUGUGGCUGGUGGUGUUCGGAGUCGUCAUGGGUCUUUUACUUCUGGUUGGAACAUACCUUAUCAUCUCUGGCGUCCGGGACAGGAAGCGGUGAGUGUCGUCACCCGAGCAAACAGCUUAAAGAAAUGUCAGCACACAUGUUUAUUGACUGAAAUGCAUUUACAAUGUUGCGCUGGCUGAGUCGCAAAUGUACAAAGCGUGCAGUGUGAAUUCUGUUGCUGUUAGUUAUUCAAGCCUUACAUAAAUGUAAUGAUCUUUUUCACAGGAAAGCCAAGAAAGAGGAAGCUGAAAACCCAACUGAAAACCCAUAUGAAA